AUGAGAUGUCCAGAUGAGGAUACUCUCAGCCAGAUAUCCCAGCUUCUCAGCAAGGAGACAGACGAUCAUGUUGGAGGUUUCAUCUACUCCCACCUCACCAACCUGAAAGAGACGUCAGACCCUCUCAAGCAGGACAUCGCAAGAGCCAUCAGUUUACACAGCUUCAAGGAGUUUACUCAGAAUGUGCUCAAAUACUCCAGCAACCACGAAGCGUCCGUUCUCAUCAACAAACUGAAUCUGGGCUUCACAGCAGACAGCAACAUCAUCAUGAGCCCCAACUCCCCCCUGCCCCGAUCUGCCAUGCUGAACUUGACCGUGGAUCUGUUUGGCAAUUCCAUCAACCUCCUGGAGAUUGGCGGUCGUGUCGAAGGUCUGGAAGUUUUGAUUGAACGACUGCUGGGACCUAACGGAUACUUCUCCGUCAAAUCUGCCAAAUGGGAUGACGACAAGCUGAAGGAUGUCAAAACUUCCAUCUACACUCGUGUGUUUGGUAAUGAAAUCUUUUACGGACAUAUUAAGGGAACACAAGAUUUGCCAGGACCUGGGAAGAUACCAAAUCUGUUGGAUAUUUUGAAGUCUCUUGCAAACAGGCAAACUGUGGCUUACACAUACAGCCAGCAGCUCAUGGAUGUUUCCCUGAUUGUCCCAACUAUUGCUGGUCUGCCACUGGAGAUCACAGUCAAUGGCUCCAUGAACCUUGACCUCAAAGCAGAGGGCAAGGCUGACCUUCGCAGUGUUGCCACUUCCCCCAGAUCCAUGGAGAUUGAUGGUGAAUUCAGACCCAGUGCUGCACUGGAAGUUACUGGUACAAUGGCUGUGAAUGCACUGACCACCAGAAUGGGACUACGCAUGCGCAACACGAUGCACUCCAGCACCUGGCUGAAGGGACACAUUGAGAUCAACAGAGGACGGGUCCUCAACGUCGAGAUUGAGCCGCCAGGUGACAAGAUGGAGAUCUUCAAUGCCAAGUCCCAGUUUUUUAUCAUUCACAACGACAUUGAAAAGGAACAAGAAAUGGUGAAGGAAAACUAUCAGGAGCACAAACUCUGUUCUGGUGACAAGGUGGCCACAAUCAUUGGAGUGGAACUGUGCGGAGAACUGAAAUUCCCCAACGCUUCUUCUUAUCCCAAUGCUCCAUACUUCCCCCUCACUGGGCCAGUGAGCUUCAGUGUUAUGACCUAUAGAAGGGACACACACACCAGCUACAAACUGCUGGCCAAGAGGAAGGAGAGCAAAGAAAGCAGCACAGCCCAGUUUAUGAUGGACACACCCAACUCUCAAGUCAACCGCAUGAUCUCCACGGACAUCACGAUUGUCUACACCCCAGACAAGCAGGUCGAUGUGUUGAUUGCCUCCCCCUGGAAGAAGCUGAGUAUGAACAGUGCAUUGGUCAGUAACAAAGACAUCCUAAGCUUUGUGGGCAGCAUCUUGCUGGACGACAGUGACAAGUACGGGCUGACCACUGAGCUGAAAAUCAGCAAAACUGGCAACGCUGUUGCCUACACUCCGUUUAUUGAGCUAACACAGAGCGGUCACACAAACACUCUUCUCUCUGGUCUGGUCAAUGUGGACAUGCCUGGAAAGUUCGAUGCUAACCUGGAGGUGAAAGGAUUUGGCAUGUCGCCUUACACUGUAGAAGGUGGGCUAGUUAACCAAGAGAAUGAGAAACGUGCUCGGCUGAGUCUCAGCAACCAGGGAAAAACAAUGUAUGUCUUUAAUGUUGGUUCCACCAUCGACAGAAGUGGCAAGGAUAACAGGAAUAUCAAAGUGGAACCUCAGCUGAUUGUCAAAACACAAGACCAAACUUUGCUGUCCAUCACAGGCUCCAGUGACUACAAGGCAGACAGGAGCGCCACAGGGGACAUCACUGUGGAUAUCUACAAGAUGAAGCCAGCUUCAGUCUCAUGGAAGGUCAACCAAAACAAUAAGGGCAAACAGUCAAACUACAAUGUUGACCUGAGGGUGAAGUCAGUCCUGCUGACCGGGUCUAUCGAAGGUGACCUCAACCACCAGAAAAAUUUCUUCACCUCCAAGCUGAAGAUCGGCUACAACGUUCCAAAGUUGGGAACAGACGUUGUCACCUGGCAUACAAAGUUUAACAACAAGAGCAAGAAUACCUUCUCCAAAUACCUUCUUACCAGCAACUUAGACAUGAAGAAAUACACAGACUACAAUGCAGGUCUGACUGUUGGCCUGGGCUACAAGAAGAAGCAGACAGACGUAGAUGUGGAGCUGAAGUAUGGGGCUAACCCCAAGGACAAGAAGAAGGUGGUCAUCCUGAAGUCUUCUCUCAACAAAGACAUCAGCAGUUGGAAGAAUGCCGACGUCGGGUUCCAGCUGAGGACCCAAGCUCCAGAGAGGAAUAUAGAUUUGAAUAUGAAAGUGAGCCACUCUCACACACCAAACAAACUGGAUUCGAACGUCAACCUGAAAUUUGUCCCCUACCUGGCAAAUACAGUGGACGCAAAGGUCAGCCUACAGGACAAAAGCAACAAGCUGAUGAGCUACGUGGGCCAGGCCAACUUGGGAAUUAUGGGCAAGAAAUUUGCCCUCAGCACUGACCUGACUCAGAAGUCACCAAGACAUUUCCAGCAUGUGAUUGAUGUACAAGAUUUCAACGGAGGCAGUCAUUCAGCAAGUACAGUGUACAAAGUGCCAAGCUCCAAUGGACAUGAGGUGACCUCUGACAUUAAGGUCAGUGGCUACAAGCCAAUCCAGCUCCAAGGAAAGACGACCUUUGACCCUUUGAACUUCCAGGCUUCUGGCAGUGCUGCCUGCGGCAAAGAUGUUUACAAUGUGUCCACACAGACAAAACUGACCGAUGCAGUCAAGAAGAUCAACUUGGAGCUCUUGUAUCCCAAUCGGCAAAUUGUAGCUGAGGCAGAAAUAAAAAAUAUUAAGGAUAAAGUUACAGGAAGUGUUAUGGUUGACUUGGACGCCAGCAGGAAUGGCAAAAGUAAAGUCUCUGUUGAGGGGUCGUACAGGAACACAGCAAGUUGGGACUCCAAAGUCGUCAGUGGGUCAGUGAACGUGAAAACACCAUUUGCCAGGUUGGAAGACCUCAGUGCUGAUGCCAGCUACAACAGCGAUUCUUCUCAGUUCAGCUCGAAGGGGAAAGUUUCCUGGGGUGGAAAAGAAAACACUGUGUCUUCAAGUGUGGUUGUCAAACGACCUCUCUCCUGGCAAAAUGCUGAGAUCACAUUGUCAGUGACCUCCCCUUUCAAACAGUACAAGGAAAUGGAACUGGAAAUUAAUCACAAGAUACAGCCAGUUUUUGCAUCGUCUGUAAAAGGGAAAGUAGACAGCAAUGAGGCACAGUUGGUGGUCAAAGGUGAAAACAGAGGAAGUGGAUACAAUCGGGACUUUUAUGGGUUUGUGGAAAUGAAAACUCCUUUUAAUGCACUCAGAGAUAUCGGUCUCUCUUUAGAACACAAAGAUAAUGGCAGGGCAUUUAAAACUGUUGGCUCAUUGGGACACAACAGCAAGAAGUUUGGUGCUGAUCUGCAGGUUGACCACAACAGCAAUUGGGACAGCACUGUCAAUACAGGAAAUCUGUUGCUUACUUGGCCUGGAGAUCAGCUACACACAACCUGGCAACACAAUCUAGUGGGAACCACUCAAAUCAAGAGCUCACUUGAAUCAACUUGGAGCGGUAGCAAACGUGUGUUUGUCAAUCUGGCAGGUUCAAAUAAUGUGGAGAACAAUGUCAGACAUGUCCUGGCAACUGUAAACGCUGAGACACCCUGGAGAAGCAACAAAAACAUCUUUGCCAAGUUCGACACCAAAAUGGGAUCAGGCAGGUAUGAAAGCUCAGUUUCUGUACUCAACAACAGGUUGGAGACCAUUGCAUACAACGUUCUCUUGGAGAGCAAACCCUCUUCCGGAAGUGCUUUGUUUAUGUUAAGGACACCUCUAUACGAUCAAAAAAUUCAUGGCCAGACAGAAGUGAACUGGAACACUUACCCAGCAACGGCUUCUGCUUGGCUUGAAUGGGCUCCCUGGGCUCGUAUAGAUUUUGAAGGCUCCCUUAAUGCCCCAUCUGUUGAUGAUCUUGAACUGAACACCAGACUAGUAACUCCAUUUAAAAACUUUGAGAAUAUAAUUGCCAGGGCUUCCCACAAACUCGAGGCUGCUGAGUAUGUCUCUACAGCUACUGUUAACUACGGGGUGAGAAAGACUAUGGACUUUGAAAACAGGUUCCAGUACGAUGAUGAUAUCAAACUGUUCCGCACAAAACUGACCUCCCCUUGCCCUUACCUCAAAUCUCUUAAUACCGGUCUGAAACUAAGCACUCUCUCAAACAAAUUUGAAGGAAGUGUAGACUUCGAACUCCAGCCAUUUGUGAUGAAGUAUGAUGGCUUUACCACUUGGAACUAUGAUGUAGACAACUGGAAUGCGAAGCUGCGAUUGAAUACCCCUCUAAAACAAAUGCCGUAUUAUCAGGUCAUUGCUUGGAGCAAGAAAAGCCCAGAUUCCCUGAGAGUAUCUCACAUUGAUAUCCAGCCAUCCUAUUACGGCAUGUACAGCAUGGAUAACUCCUACAGGCUCAGUUCACUUCCCUACCAGCUAGACAUCACUCUUAAGACACCUCAUCAAGGCUAUGAGACAGUUGGCUUGUCCAGCUUGUACGACCCAACAGAGACAUCCCUGCAGUCCAGACUCCGUGUCAACUACAAGUCUAACAAAGAAGUUGAUUCGCAUUUAAAGUUGGACUGGAAAGAUAAUUAUGAAGGCAGCCUGUUUGUGAACACACCAUUUAGUGGAUAUGAAAACAACAAAAUUCUGGCCCGACAUGACAUCACUAGCCGUGGUUUUACCUGUCAUGGGAAGCAAGUGUUGGGGGAAAGAAUACCCAGGGUGACCUAUGUGAUUUUGCUCACCCCUGUCUCAGGUUAUGAGACACUCUCAGGAAACUUCAGUCUAAGAGGACCAUUGAACAAACUGAGGGGUGAUGCUUCCCUUGGUUUCGGAACCAACACUUUGUCCACAACCUUUACCAACACCCUGAGCCUUGGCCUCCUGAAAUCCAGCAUUGCCAUCUACACUCCAUACACUCAGGACCUGAAACUGGCGGUCCAGCACAAAGAUAGCAGUAGUCCCAGGGAAACCAAGCUGGACUGCAGUUUUACUGGACAGUAUGGUGACCAGAGCGUGGAUGGCCGGUUGGGGCUAGCUUAUGAAGGCUUACAAAAAUCUAAGGUGGACCUUGCCUUGAAACACACCAAUCAACUCAGUGUUUCCGGAAAAGCCUCAGUCCAAACAGACAUCUCUUCCAUGGGAAAAAUCGAAGUCAGUUUUGAGAAAAGUGGACCCUAUGAGAACAUGGUGGCCACUGCUGCCUUGGCCAGAAACCAGGAAGAUUUGGCUUAUACUCAGGUGGAAACCAGCACCCCAGGUGGUAACCUCUAUGGAAAGGUUGUUACAAAAGGAAGAUGGAUGCCACAACUGACCACAGAGGUGGAACACAAGGGAAGUUACUCUGACUUCAACACCAAAGUAAAGCUUAAUGGUAAGGAUACGGAUCUGGACAGUGAGCUCGUCUUCAAGAAUGAGGAUUCUGAAAUCAAUGUUAAUGGUAAUGUCAAUUACAAAUUUGACUCUGAAAAGCACACUCACUCAUUCUCCAUCCACAAGGAAGGGACAUGGAAUGACUUUAAAAUAGACCUGACUCAGAAACUGGAUGGUGAUGAGACAACUGCUGUGGUACAGUUUGAAGCCGAGAACCAGAUCAAGGGUCUUGCUGAGGUGAAUAAUUUGUUUGGCAUGUAUGAUAAACUCGGUGUAGAGUUUGAACAUUCUGGUGACUUGGAAAAGUUUAUCACCACUGGCAAAGUCACCCUCGGUUCCACGCAGGCUGUUUCUGGGAAAGUCAACUUUUAUAGAUACAAUUUCCAGCGAAUUGAAGCCUCAGCUGAACUGAGCACCCCUUGGCAAGAUUACCGAUUCUCCAGAAUAAGCUGCAGCCUGAAUGUUCAGUAUGGGGACGGCAAGAAGUUUAGCUCAGAUUUGGUGCAACAGUGUUCUCCCUCAGCCCAUAGCUUGUCUCUGAACAUCAAAACCCCGCUCCAAGGCUAUGAAGAAAUUAUACUGUCUGGAGAUGUUGAUGACAGCAAGGCAAAUGCCAAAGCAAUACUGGGUGAUGACUUGGAGUUUACAGUAACAGGAGUUCAUGACAUCAGCACUGCUCCCUACCUGGUGCGGUACGAGAUCAGCACCCCACUGGAUGUCCUGAAGAAGUUUUCCAUUGCUCUCAAAGGACAGCCACUUGAUGGCAGCAUUGACGUGAGUCUGCUAUCGCUGCAGAAGAAGAUUGAGGGGAAUGGAGCUCUGCAGUUCACUGGUCCUUAUAAGCUGAGCCUCUCCACAGAAGUCAGCAGUGAUAUCGAGGGUUGGCAGCUUCUGCAGGUUAGAGUUCAGAAUGAUGACGAUGCUCUCAAAGGAAAGACUACUCAUCUGCUGGUCAGCUGGGACCCUACACAACAGGUGGUGGUAGAUGGCAGAUACUUCUCCGGAUCCUCACCCUGGGCAGCCAAGAAAGAGCAUGUUCUGGAGCUGGACGUCAAAGUGCCCUUCGGACAGUACAGGAGUAUCUCUGUAGACCUGGGCUGCAAUACUGAACCAAGCAAUGUCCAGUCAAUGAUCUCACUGGAAGUCAAUCAAGAUAAGCUGAUUGACUUAGAUGUGACUUAUGACAAGAGCAGCAAGUACGAAUACUCCGCCAUUAUCCGCAAGCCUUGGCCUAUGGAGUACACUUACAGCUACCAGUAUGACGACUACAUGAAGGAGGGCGAUGUUUUUGUUAGCUGGGACAGAAAUGACCCUGCUAGCAACAUCCGUAUCAAGAGCACCAUGCAGUACCAGCCAUCCAACAACGACAGAUCUCUGACUUUUACCUUCUUUGGACCUACUCGAACAGUCGGAGUGGAACAUAGUCUGUCUAGCUCUACAGAUAAACUGACCAGCUCUGGGAAACUCUUCUGGGACCAGGACGAUAAGAGCAAGGUGUCCUAUUCCCUGGACAUCAACACCAACAACCGCAGGAGGGAUCUCUCUUACAGUGGUGACUUCAAGCUGGGCUUGCCCAGCCGAACAUUUGGUCUGUCUGGAUCUGUCAGCAACAAUGACUUGGCCAGGACAGCAGACGCAGCCUUCAGCUGGGACCUGAGCAACGAUGACAGCAAACGUGUGGAAGUCCAGGUCUCUGUGUCAGGACAGGAGUACACUAAAGCAGACAUCACUUUUAAGCUUCCUUCACAAGACCUUCAGGUGAACAGCGCACUUAUUCUCAACCAGGGCAACACUAUCAUCGAUGGCAAGACUGACAUCUCCUACUCCAGCGAGUCUCGGAAAACUCUGACCUUGUUCUCCAAGCUGAGAAACACUCCAGCAAAGGCCUACAGCUUCUUCUCUGGCAGUGGCAAUAGUUUCAACUACAGUAUGGAGCUUGGCUUGAGCCACCCAGAGACUAAAGUGGACGUAAAGAUCGACUCUCACCUAGCCAGCUCAGAUGAGUUCCUGACUUCUUCCGUGGGUAUCCGAUACUUGACAGUCAGCAGACAGAUGAAGAAUUUGGCUUUGUUUACCGAGAUUGAUAAGAUCCGCAAGCAGAUCAGUUUUGUUGCCUCAGGACCCUCCCAGAAUGCUGGUGUCAGGGCAACAAUCCUCAGUGAAGAGCCCCUAAGUCUAGUACUCUUGGGCUCAGUCAAUGGCCAGGACAAGUUUAAGUCCACCCUUGAUGUGGACCCAGACAGCAAAAUGUUCAAGGUUGAAAUUGGUCGUCUAGACAACCUUUUAAGCCUGAAAUCCUACUACCCCAAUAGUUCAGCAAUCCAGGUAGAACUGCUCCACAAGAGAGACUACACCGACAACCAGGAAGCAGUAAUUGGUCUUCGAUUGUUGAAUCCUCGCCUGCUUCACAGCCGCAUCACCUGGAGGCCUGAAGCUGUAGAGGAGCUGAAGAACAGUGUGGCCCAGCAGAUUUCUGAGGCUGGCCUGUUGGCUAAGAAUACCUUGAGUCAGAUGAACACAGAUCUUAGAACAGAGCUGUCUGGUAAAUAUGAGGUGGUAACAGCAUCAGUUGGAGGAGAUGUGAAACCACUGCUGGAGUAUGUUGGGGAUGAGCUGGAAUCCUUUGCCACAGACUUGGAGAAUGUUAAGAAUAAGGUGAAUGUGAUGUACAGCAACAAUGAGUUCUUCAUCAAGGAUAUCAGCAAUGCAGCCUACAACAACAUUGAAUAUGUCUCCCAGAGCUAUGGACUUGUGCAGGAUAAGCUGCAGAACCUCAUUGCCCUGUACAGAGAUUCCUACUCCAGGAUCAUUGAGGAACUCCUGCAAAGUCUGGAUCGUCUUCAGGAGUUCUCCAUCUCAGAUUCCUACAACCAGGUAGUCACAGAUGGACUUCAGCGGGUGAUGGAGAUGCUUGAUGCCAGAGUUACCUACCUUAUUCAGCGAUUGCGUGAGACCGAUCUUAAAGUCCUGGAGAGUGCCCAAGCCCUACUAUCAAAUGUAGGGGACCUCUACAACCACCCACGACUUGAGAGUAUCCGGGAGAGAAUCAACACACUCAGAAAUAUUGACUACGUUCAUUACGCUCAGCAAAUACACAACGCUGUGAGGGACAACAUCGACUUGAAUCAGUACUCUGAUGUUCUCAAUUAUGUGAAAGAGGCUGCCGUCAAUAGACUCAUUCCUGAGAGUAUGAGAGAUGUGGCCGAGAGAGCUACCAAUGAAAUUUACCAGCAGAGCCAGCUGGCUUACAAACACUGGAAUGUUGAAGAGCUCCUCAACAAACACUUGGAGACUUCGGUUCAGCUGUUGAAGGACAUCAUGGAGGAUGAACUGCGGGAGUAUCUGAACUUAGUGUUAAUGAGGACCCCUGUGACCGUCUUUGACCCAGUCCAUGGGAGAAUCGAAGCAAACUUUAUCUUGCCUGUUGACAUCAAGAGACUGGAUGAAAUGCCAGAUUUGACUCCAUUUAUCCAGCAAGUCAGUGAGGCUUAUCGAAAAUAUGCUCCGGAUACGGAUACAAUCAGUCAAUACUACCCCAGCUUCCUGCUCAGCAACAAGACUGAAGAGACAGUAGGAGAGGCUGAUAAUGAUGCUGACGAUGAACUGCUGGCCAACCUUGAUGACUACCGCCCAUCCAGAAAUAUCAAUAUUCCAAAUGUUUCUCCAAAUUAG